GUUCUGGUCAUAUAAAUGGAGUCCAAGCUACUCGUAGUACACAUAACAUUGGAAAAACGUACGAUCUUAUUCCGACAGCCCAAGAUGAAGGCAUUCACGGUGCUGGUUGUCUCCUGUUUCCUCGCCCUCUGCGUCCUGCAGCCUACUGAUGCUCUAAGCGCGCCUGCCUACCGGGUUCAUAGUAUAGAGACAGAAAUUAAUAGCCUGAGGUUAGCGGAGGGAACGGGUGGUACUCCAAAAUCAGUGAUCAAGAUAUUCAAAGGCCGCACUGAUGAUAUAGUUUUCGGUCCCCGGCUGAAUCACAUAAUGCAAUUCAUGGCGGGUGUGGACGUCAUCGAGAACCCAGCGGAUUUGAAUGCUACAUUUGAUUCCAUAAAAAAGCUGAGGAGUCUGGUAUACAAUAGUACUGAUGAAGAGAAAUUCGCUGCGUGGAAAUCACAACUAGAACAUUAUUUGUCAAAUAUUCACUCAAAUUACGAUGGCCUCAAGGCUUUACUGAAACAGCCAGGACCCAUUGUUGUUAAAGAUUGGAUGAAUUUUGCUAGAAGUACUAAAGUUAAUAUUCCAUCGAAUAUGAGUGCAUUCAUCGAAGAACUUUUCAACCGUGGAAGACAGCCGGGAAACUCUUCUAGUUUUAUUAUGGAACUCGCUCGUUUGAGCAAUGAAUUACAAGAAAAACAUUGCACGGAGGCAUUCGCCAUGAACGGCUUUAUCAACCAGCUCGCCAACCUGGCGUUAAUUACGCAGAUGAAAGCUGUAGUUCCACUGGUUUAUUCUGCUGUGCUUCGGCAUCGCAAUAACCCCGUCCGAAGAACCAAAUUAGAAAGGAUAAUGAGUGACUACAAAACCGAAUACCUAAAAAUUCUGAGACCUAUUGAACAAGCUAUGACCGCAGCACCGGACAAUUUAGUCUCAUGUAAUUCUCCUGACAGCGUUCUUACUCCAGGUGAGGAUUACUUUGAAUUGGAGAGGCUCGAGCAACUAACAAUUUCCCAGUUCAAUUCUUCCAAGAGCAAGAGCUGUACCAAAGCUAAGAACAACCACUUGCUGAGGUUCGAUUCGCAGCAAGAUACUUGUAACGGCAGUCUAUACAAUUGUGAAUACUCAGCAUGGUUGGACGUGUGUCGUUUAGAAAACAAUACAAAGCGAUAUGGGUGGAUCAGAUCGGAAUAUGGAAAUUAUGGAAAGAAUUUGGAGGAAUGUCGGGAUGGAAAAAUAACAAGAUAUGAACAAAAUAUCAAUUCGUCCAUAGGUUAUUGUCUUUGCCAAUGCCGUGAAACUGUCAACUGGAUCAGUGUGACUCCAGUUAUGACCAAUAUAUCAGCUAAUAUGGUUAUUACUGGUUUACGAUUUGUUCGUGAGAAAGGAGUCCUUUACCUGCAAGUGAAACAAGGAAAGUUACUGCCCAAUGAGAAGAUUGAUGCUGCAUCGCAAGAGUGGAUUCCUUUACCAAAGAAUCCAAAUUUGAAACCGUUGAAUUCGGGUAACGGUGAAUUAUAUCUUCGUGAACUAAUUGCGGACGUGAAUGAUAUACCAGUUGGAGUUUCAUUCGUAGCAAGGGACGACCACUUCUAUCUUCAAACGACAGUGGUCGGCUAUACGUUUUACGGAUCCCUCAGUUCGCAUAAGCCUCGGAAACUUUACCCCACGCAGCCAGUUCAGUACGAUACAUCUGUUGCCUUUGAGAUGUCUGAUCGAGAGGACAAUGCAGGCCAAUCAGUGUUACCAUUUAUAAAUGCAAAAGCUGCUGAAGCUGACCCACCAAUACCAUUAGGAGGACUAUCUAUUGCGUAUGACGGACGUCGUCGACUGAUUUCGCCGAAACUUAUAGCGCUUCCUUAUAAAAAAGUAUUUAAACAAACUAUCUACUAAUACGUCGACUUAUUAUCAUUUGAACACACGAACACAUCAUGUAUGUACAUGUAGUUGAUAAUUUUAUAAGGGCCAUCUUGCAUAGAAUUUAGUCCUACUUUCCUACUUAGUCUUAAUAAACGAUUGAAAGAAUUAA